UUAGCGCCUAUGGCGUGGCCAUCGAAGCCUUGGGUCCUGAAUGCGCGUUUGGAACGGCCGAUUCAUUCAUUGUAAACAAAGUUGAGGCUUUUAUUGGGGUAGCAUUAUCCAUUAUUUACCCCAAUCCCUCGACCUAAAGAUACUUUCCUUUGCUUUGGAUCCACGCAGGCAACCUUGUAGCGGUCGCUCCAACCAUCAGUUUCUCUGACUUCAGCCAAACGAUAUUAAUUGGAGCAGCAAUGAUCCAAGUGAUAGACUCUUCGGACACUCCUUGUACUCCCAUUCAUGAGCCUCAGAACGAUCAGCAUGAGGAUGAUGAGGAUGAGCAAGAGCUUGGGCCCGUCGACGAACGAGUGGAAGCGGCACUGACUGCCUUGGUCAAGCACUACAGCGACCCCAUCCAUGCUACCCCUAGAAAUGUCCUAUCUUCUUCCAACCUUGUGAUUCCACCGGUAGUGGCGCAUUGGGUGAACGAAUUAUCCCAAGGAAAAGACAUCAAUAUCCUGAUAAGACAGCUGAUAGAAGGAUACCCCAGUCAUAUACGACCAGUUCUAUUGCAGCAAAAUGCUGCCAAUCACAUUUUCGUGGAGCCUACGGGGAUUCCAGUGUUGCAGCAUUAUCUGCUACUGAUACAACAGUUACGGCACCAUUGGCACAGCAAAGCGGAUAAUGACAACGAGAAUAAUAAUGACAAUUCGCUACGACUUGCCAACAACAGUCUUUUGGAAAUAUCCCCCAUCUCGCAGGAUGCUACCCACAACAAGAGCAACAAUGAAGCACCUGCUUUUGCAGCUGCCUUGUCCGCCAUGGCUACGGAUGUGAGUACGUGCACCAAAAUUUGCGUCACACUGGGGGAACAAGAAAAAGAGGAGGAAGAAAAAGGAGAGGUAUCCUGCCAUACGGUAGCAAAUACGGUUCUUCCUACUCUGAUUCAAAUCAUGACAGUGUCAUUGGACUGCAUCAACAAUCCCCUACUAGACGAUCCCACGACUUUGUUGAAAUGCGCCAUUGCCCUGUUGGCCUUUGGAACCAAUCCACGCUUGGAUCCACGCAAUGUGGUGCCAUCUCUGGAAAGUAUUCUCAUGGUGCAUCGACCACAUCCUGCGUUUUUGUACACGCCCAUUCCAGCACUUCAAACCGAUACUGUAUCGUCAUCAAAGGAUGAUGAGUAUUUCAAUUUGGGAUUCCAUUGGACCGAGGACAACUUUUGGAAUCAGCUCCAACUCGAUGGACGGCCUUGGACGACAAGUCGUCAAACACAAGACGACAUUUUAGAAGAGUUUUGGAAACAGCUGCACAAACGUUUGCUACCACAAAUGAUGGACCGUAACAAUCCGCAAUCUUCUCUGCUACUAAUAGAGGAAGUGGGGAAUCCCAAUACAGACGACGACAAGUCGUCUUCCCAAAUCAUGCGAGAAUGCCUCCAGGCGCUCGGUCCCACCAAAGUGGCCAAGGCGGUGCGGGCACACUUUUUUGCCAGAGACGUGACACCCUUAUUAUUGGCCCAAGACAAACUGAUUGACACCAGACACUACAACAAAAAGACCAAACUCAUGCUGGGAUGGGAGGUUCCUGUCCAACAAAAAGACGAAACCUUGCCCGACCGAAAACCCUACCAAGACAUUCCCUCCCGUGUGCAUGUGGUCAUGCACUACAUUCUCCUACUUGAUGAAAACACAGUGGUGAAGGAUUCAGUGUUGGAGGAAAUACUUCCCAUCAUUUACGAAUUGCUCGGAGCAUUUCAAACGUACUAUGUCGGCAUGGGGGCUGCCGCCUUGAUACAUCUCGUAAUGAUCACAGCAAAUACAACAAAAAUGACUCCACCACCCAAGAACACGUCCCUCGCGCUGCUUUCUGUGGAGGAUACUACAACAACGACAACCACAACCGAUUCCUUUCUCUUUGCCAAGUACGCGGGAAGCUUAUUGCCCGUACUCGACUUGGCCUGUCAAACUUGUCGCGAAGGACCGCCCUUUUGCCUCCUGGCACGAGCCCAAAGUUUGUUGUGCGAAGCAGCGGCAGGAGAUCGCCCAGUCUUUGUCAAACAUCGACGUCAAGUCACGCGCUACUUUCUGACGUUGCUCGACAAGUACCGCCAUAAAGUAUCCGAUCCCGACGGAUUGCUCUGGGGACUCCUCGUGGGAGGCAUUAUUCCACUCUUGCAGCAGCAUGCGACGCUGCCCGAAUGCACGACAUCGAUCGAUGCCCUCGAAGUGGGACGUUUGGGGUUGCAGGCAUUGCUGCCCAUUGUACGAUUCAGUGCCGGGUAUCGAGUCGAUAAUGACAGCACGAUGACGAACGACGACAAACUCAACGAAACGCGAAAACUACUGGGUCCAUCCGUCUUGGCAUUGACUCACUUGAUGCAGGCGGCUUACCCAAUAAUGCCACGGCAUGGAGGGAAAAUCAUGAGUGAAUUGUUGGGCUUACUGGGGAAUUUACAACCACAAGUCACCACGACGGAACAGGAUGGCCGGCUAUUGGAGCUCGUGAAGGAUGCCGCGGGAAUGGCACUGGUAAUUUGUGGGGAACGAGCGGAACAGGUAUUGGAGCAUGUCACAACUAAGGACUAUCAACCGGGGUUGGUGGAGUUGGCAUGUGAGAUACCAGUUAGGGCGGACAAAUGGCGGCAUGCCCAGCAAAAAGAUGGAACAGAAUGCAUGUAGAAGGGAUUGGUGGGGGCAACCAUAUUGGGACUGCCCCAAGAGGUGUACUUGACCACAGAAGACGAACCCGUGCAACGAGAUUGAGUGCUGGGCAUGUUUUAUUAUGAAUAUAUGCAUGGAAGUUAUAGUUCGCUUCUUCCUUCUAACUAUGCAAAACAAAUUCUUUGAGGUUUCGUCCCAAGCUGAACAGUCUCCGAUCACUUGGAUUUCACCAACGGCACUCCAGAACUGCCACCUUUCUCUACUUGUACAUGUCGAGCCAUACUCCCGCCCUCGUCUCGACCUUUUGCUGGAUUUCAGUGAUCGUCACGUUCCAGCCAUCCAUGCAUGCUCUCUCAUAAUUUCGCUGCCACGCAAGCGGAAAUUAUGUGACAAAAGACCCGUCCAUGCCAUGAAUUGGGAUCGUUAUCGCCGCCUGACUAUCCAAUCUACCGGGCCAACCAGCCCCAGUCAACGUCACAGGGACUUUUAUCCGUGUCAACGUUGUAGCCGAGCUCACUGAGCACAAAGUUGGCGCUGCGUUGCCCUGCGAACAUGGCUCCAUGGACGGUUUCGGAUUGAUCAAAGCACGUGUGGGAUCCAGAAAAAUGCAAAAUCCAUUCUUGCAGUGAAUUGCAUCCGUUGUGCUCACAAUAAGCCGUCAACGAGUCUAUGCCUCCAUAAAACUGACCAAAUUGAGUGAAUGUGUAGCCAAUCUCCCAACUGGAAUAGGCACCAAAUCCAAAGCUCGUGUCUGUGUGCACAUUGUUGACAUACGUGGCAAUGGGAGUUCCCACGACGUCGGCGCCAUACACCAAUCGCAGUGGGUCCAGCAACGAAUCGAUUGUCGACUCGGGUAAAUUUCGUUGUCCGCCCUGUUGAAGGAGCUCUUCAAAUGCUUCUGUCAUGAGCUCACAACUGGUGAAAUUCGCACAGGAGGUGCCAAGGAAAGCAAUGGCAAGCAAAUGAUUCAGUCAGCAAAAACGUGGAAUCAAAAAAACUCUUCCACAUUGGUCCAUCCCGAAAAACGUACCGAAUAAUAUUACUGCCCGGCAUGAAAUAGUUCAUGUUUUGCCAAUGAUUACAGUGGCCCCGUUGACCCGCUUCUCGUAGAACCCGAAUGAACUCGAUAUCAUCCCAGAACUGAUUUUCAAACUGGUACGUGACUUUGAUGUAUUGGGCCAUUUUCAUGGGAUUGUGGCUUUCCGCAGGGAAUCGCAGAGGUGGCUGAAACUGGAUCAAUCCCGCAUUCAACACACCCGCGCUCACGGUGGAGAUAACUCUCUGUGCCACAUAAUCCGUACACUGCGCACCAUUGUUGGUAUGGACUCGUGCCUUGUAGGUUUUGCCUCCUUGGGAGGGGAUAUUUUCAUCAUAGGCAACCGACAAGGCUCUUGUGCCGGUCCGCAAACUGGUCGUAUUGGCAUUUUGUUGCAAGUAGGUUUGCAGCAAAAAUUCAAAUCCCCUUGGAUCGGCUACAAUGAGAGAUUCGUAGGCAGCCGUGGGGAAAAAGCGGAGGCUGACCUCGGAAGUGGCCCAUUCCCAAUCCAACCAAGCCCACUGAAUAUCAUGGUCCAAGUUGUUCAUGACGGUAUUUUCAGGUCCCACAAACCACCCGUUCUGUUGCAACAAUCCAAUGACACCAACAUCGGUGUAAAAGUCAUGUGCCGGUGUCCACAAAUUUUCAUCCACCUCGGCAAUGGCAUCCUCCAAUGCCGUCCUGAACCGUUCCUCUUCUGCCGUAUAGAGCGUCUCGUCCACGAGGAGUCCCUGGAAAAUCAAAAAGCGUAUGCAAAGAAAGGCACAUGAGUAUUGGGGAUAAAUCCAAGGACAGAUAGAUUAUGCAUACGAGGGCGGCUCAGAGGCCUCAAAAACGGGACAACGGAGAAAACCUCAAAGAGGCUGCUCAGGACAGCAUUAUUUUCCCAACAGCAAUUAAUACCAGCAAACAGCAAUGCCAGCAAUUUUCACCCUGGACCCAAGUCCUGGCUAGAAAACCAAAAAACCUUGCUGGUGCAAAGCAAAGCAAAGCAAACCAAAGCAAACCAAACAAGCAAACCAAACAAGCACCCGUGCUAAAAACUGUCAUGAGCUAAAACCCCAGCUUGGAAUGGGAUUCCAUUCCAGCAGAAGCAUGAUGACAAAAAGAAAACUGCCAUUAUUGCUUUCCCAAGCAGAACAAGAAAUGGUGCUGAAAGCAUCUCCACACAAAAUCAGACAUGGCCACCAUUUCCAAAGCAGAACAAGACACAAUCGUGUUGCUGGAAGGGUCGCCAAAAAUCAGACAAAACAGUGCAGAAAAACUUGCUGACAAAAGGAGCUCUCCAGCAUUUUUUUUUUUUUGGCCCAACAAAAGCCAACAUGAU